UGUCCUCCCCAGCCUCUCCUAUUUACUAGAUUUUUCUUACUCUCCUCUCUAUACUUGCAUUCAUUUUCUUAUCUGUGACUAUGAUUUCCCAGAUUAGUUUAAACCCCCAGAUAGACACAAAAAGGCUGGAGUAACUCAACGGGACAGGCUGCGUCUUUGGACAGAAGGAAUGGGUGAAGUUUUGGGCCGAGACCGUUCUUCAGACUGAGAGUCAGGGGAGAGGGAAACGAGAGAUACAGACGGUGAUGUAGAGAGAGAUGUAGAAUAUAUGAAUGAAAGAUAUGCAAAAAAACGUCACGAUGAUCAGGGAAAGGUGGAGCCCACAAUGGUCCAUUGUUGGCUGUGGGCUGGGUGAUAAGGAGUGAUACAGACAGACGAACACAACAGGAUGACAGUGAAACUAGUACGACGACUAGGGUGGGUGAGGAACGGAGAGAGAGAGGGAUAGCAAGGUUUACUUGAAGUUGGAGAAAUCAAUAUUCGUAUCGCUGGGUUGUAAGCUGCCCAAGGGAAAUUUAACUUGUGGCAGAGACACUGAACGACAGCAGGUUGACUGAGGGAGACAAAACGUGUUGGAGGAUAUGAAGUUUAAUGUGGAUCUUUCUCUUACAGAUCAAUUUGGAUCCAACAAUGGCGGCACUCUGGUUAAUCUGGUACUUCUUGGCUGUGGUUUUCGUUGACUCCGUUUAUUCUUCAGAUGGGCCUCGGAUCACGGAAUGCCGCUCUUCAGAACAGGAGACCUUCACGUGCAGCUGGAGCGCUGGGCACGGCCGGAAUCGUACCGACCGGGGACGGCUGAAGUUCUUCUACACAGAGGGGAAAAGUCCCAGCUGGAGGGAAUGUCCAGAGUAUAUCGCCAGAGAAAACCGCUGCUACUUCAAUCAGACCCACACAUCAGAGACCGAAUACUGUGUUCAACUAAAGUUGGAUAGCAUCACACACGACCAUCGGUGCUUUGUACUCGCUGAAAUAGUAAAGCCAGACACCCCAAUCUCCUUGAACUGGUCGCUCUUGAACAUCAGUCAGUCGGGGUUGUUCAUGGACAUACAGCUGUGGUGGGAAGUUUCAGCUGAGCUUGAUGCCAGCUCUGGCCACAUCCCACUCAAAUUUGAAAUCCAGUACAAGCCCAGCGACACAGACAUGUGGAAUGUGAUGGAAACCUUGCCUGGCCAACCUCCCCCUCAGCCGCUGUACAGAUUUGCUACAGGGAAGCAGUACGUCAUACGACUGAGAUGCGUUUACUACGACGUCGGAAAUUACAGUGAAUUCAGCGACGUUUUAAGAGUCUUCCUUCCAACACCGCAAUCAAUAGGAGUUCCUUUGGAGAGGCCGAGCAUCAUUGAGUGCCGCUCACCAGAGCAGGAGACCUUCAUGUGCCGAUGGAGCGCUGGCAAUUACCAAAACCUGACUCAACCAAGGCAGCUCAGAUUCUUUUACACAAAGGGAAGCAACGCGGAUUGGAAAGAAUGUCCGAAUUACUUGCCUGACAGGGACGCCUGCUACUUCAACCAGACCUACACCUCCAUCUGGGUUUCAUACUGUGUCCAGCUCAAGUCUGACAUUCAGGACCAGAACAUCAUUUUUGACAAACGCUGUUUCUCCAUCGAUAACAUAGUGAAGCCGGACCCUCCGAUCUCCCUGAACUGGACUCUGCUGAACGUCAGCCAGUCGGGACUGCUCGCUGACAUCCAGAUGUGGUGGGAACCUCCGCCGACCGCAGACAUUAAAAACGGCUGGAUAUCCCUCAAGUAUGAGAUCCAGUAUAGAACCAGUGAGAGUAACCACUGGGAUGCAAUCGAAGCAUUCGCGACCUCCCAUCCGGUUUAUGCUCUGGGCACCGGCAAGAGUUACGAGAUCCGUCUACGCUGUAAACAGAUCGCCAACGGGGAGUUCAGUGAGUUCAGUGAGGCAUUGAGCAUCUUCAUCCCAGCACCUCCCUCAGCAGAAGAAACAGGCCUUUUGUUCAGGCUAAUCCUGAUUUUCGUUUCAUUGGGCACAACCCUGAUGCUAUUCUUGGUCCUCUACACCAAGAACCAAAGACUGAAGCUGUUCUUUCUGCCGCCUGUUCCUGUGCCCAAAAUCAAAGGAAUUGAUUCAGACCUUCUUAAGAAAGGUAAAAUGGAUGAAGUGAACUCGAUCUUCGCCAAUCACCUGAGCUACAAGUCGGACCUGUACAUCGACGACCCGUGGGUGGAGUUCAUCGAUGUAGACCUGGACGAGGCGGAUGGGAAGAUGGAGGUGCUGGACACGGACAGGUUGCUGGGGCCGGGCAGCCCAAAGGUGGACAGCGGCCUGAGCGCCAAGGACGAUGACUCUGGCCGUGACAGUUGCUACGAGCCGGACACUGCCGAGGCGGCGGCGAUGGCGGGCUGCAAGGAGACGGGCGGCCAGUUGGCGGGCUUUCAGCUGAAGGCCGGAGGUGGGGACGCGAUGGCUAACGCCGCGGCCGCUGGAGGAGAUGGCGAGGGCGGGGGGGCGCUUGGCGAGGAGCCCCGGCGCGGCAACGCAGAGCAGGCCCAGGCCGCUGGGUGUAGGCCCAGGCCGCCCGCCAAGAGUGAGCCAGGCCCAGCGGCCAGGCCCAGCCAGCCCGGCAACCACAACUCGCUCGGCAAAAUGGACUUUUACGCACAGGUAAGCGACAUCACCCCCUCCGGGGGAGUCCUCCUCUCCCCAGGGCAGCAGAGCAAAGCCGAGCUGCUCCCCGACAAAGGACCCUCGGCCGACCCGAAGGCAACUGGGGCAGGCAAACACAGGGAGGACGACUGCUCCUACACCUCGGAAGGGGACAUGAAACAGCUGUGCGGUGGCAACACCGCGGAGAAAAGCCUUAACCGAAACAACUAUUUCACCACGGACAUCCUUGCCAAGCUCGGAGAUACGAGGCGGCCAACAUUACCUGUCCCGGACUAUACCUCCAUACACAUGGUGGACUCUCAGCAGAGCCUGUUGUUGAACCCAAACGUGCUGCCCAGCAAGUGUCAGGCCAGCCUGGCUGGCUACCUGAUGCCUGAACAACUUGGCAAUGUCAUCCCCUAACCACACGGUACCUCCAGCAGCCCCAGUGCGAGCAGAGUUGUCCCACCGACCGUGUACAACGAUAUGAAAGUAUUAGCUCAUGGAAACACACACACAACGGUACAACCAGUGAGAAAUAUUAUAAAUGACAAAUCAAGGCUCAGAAUUAUUUUUAAAUGUCAGCUAUAUUUGUUAGUGAGAAAAGGCUGUAUUUUUAUAAAGCAAAAACAAUUGCCAUGGCGAAGCUGGUACGCAAUUGGAAGAAAGUUCUCAGUCGGGCGGACUGGGAAGCCUGUUCUUCGGCAAGAUCAGUUCUGGAAUUCUGGUGAAUGCCUGCUGCAAAUUUGGGGAAUCGGGGAGAGCAGCAAAUUCCCUGAAUCCUUGCAUUCCCGAAACUUCAACCCCCGCCGAUGGAACUGAAUGUACAAUGCGUUUCCACCGCUGUUUAGUGCUUGCAGCCAGCCAUGGUCUACGGGGGCCGCAAUCGACGGUCUGAAAACAACAGUGCUCGCAGCGGCAACGUCACCGCCGGCCCCCUAGAGGGGCAGACUGCAGGAUCCUUCUGCUCCCUGUCGACGGGAAUGACAGGAGGAUCAAACAGAAGCUUUACGUAAACGAGGCGAUCUCAGGAACAAAGCUAAUAUCACUAACACAGCACCCUUAAAGGGAAAGUAAACAUGUGUAAUGAGGCUGCUUAAUAGAGAACAUGAGGGGAAAUUCACUCUGCAAAAUGCUCCCUCUGAUGGGACUUAGACGACCAGGGAAGUAUUGACCUGUUCAAUGCAUGGUAUGGGAGUGGAAUUAAAUGAAACAAUGCAGUGCCAACCUAGUUAUUAACUUAAAAUCUCUUCUGCCUUCUACUCUAGCCAACCAAUCCUCUUAGCAACUUCUUUUGCACGGAAAUGCUCUCCUGCAUAUCAGCCAUGUUUCUCCACUGCCGUUUAUAGUGAAGUUGGACAGACUCUUUGUACCCCGCUGGGGAUAGAAUCAUCAAAGAAUCCCAAACUGGGUUCUGGAUAUGGCUUUCAGUGCUUUCAACAAGCACAUGAACAUGCAGGGAAUGGAUAGAUACGGAGCACGUGCAGUGUUAUAGAGUCACGGUGACGUACAGGGGGAAAACAGGCCCUUCAGCUCAACUUGCCCACACUGGCCAACAUGUCUCAGCUGCACUAGUCCCACCUGCCCACGUUUGGUCCACAUUCCUCCAAACCUGUCCUAUCCAUAAAUUGUGGCUAAUUUAGUUUGGCGUAGUUGAGGCCAGUUCAUUGGCUAUAUUUAAGAGGGAGUUAGAUGUGACCCUUGUGGCUAAAGGGAUCAGGGGGUACGGAGAGAGGGCAGGUACAGGAUACUGAGUUGGAUGAUCAGCCAUGAUCAUAUUGAAUGGCGGUGCAGGCUCGAAGGGCCGAAUGGCCUACUCCUGCACCUAUUUUCUAUGUUUUUAUGUUUCUAUGAUCGGCACAGAUAUUGUGGGCUGAAGGGCCUGUUCCUGUGCUGUACUGUUCUGCGUUCACAGUAAAGGCUCUGUCCGUUCAACACUUGUCUAAGAUGGUGGUCUGUUUGAAUAGUUGAUUGGGCGGUAACCUCACUUGGUCCGCAGUGGGAUUAGCGUAGACAGUGGGAUCUUUGACAUGGGCUGCAGUGGGCGUUGACGGCAAACCUUACAACGCAGCAUGGUGGCGCAGCGGUAGAGUUGCUGCCUCACAGCUCCAGAGAUCCGGGUUCGAUCCUGAACACGGGGGCAUGUCUGACUAGCCCCGCUUAAUGCAACAUUUUGCCAGAAAGAAAUUUGGUCCCAGUACUAAAAUGUGAAAAAUACUUUGCUUAGAUCAGUGUUAUUAUGAAUUGCGGAAAUACUUUAAACAUGGCCGGAUUGGUGGCUCAGCGGUGGCGUUGCUGUCUCACAGCGCCAGAGACCCGCAUUCGAUCCCGACUACGGCUGCCGUCUGAACGGAGUUUGUACGCUCUUCCCUUCACCAGGUGGGUUUUCUGUGGGUGUUCCCGUUUCCUCCCACACUCCAAUGAAGUACAGGUUUGUAGGUUAAUUGGCUUGGUAUAAUUGUAAAAUUGUCCCUAGUAUCUGCAGGGUAAUGCUGAUGUGUGGGCAUCGCUGGUCGGCGCGGACUCAGUGGGCUGAAGGGCCUGUUUCCCUGCUGUAUCUCUAAACUAAAAUAAAUAGAAGUUGUUUUGUAAGCUUUCCAUUUAGUUUUGGUGAGGAUUUGAGGGGAUUGAGUAAUGAAUCUGGGGAAGAUCGCACCCAUCCGGCACUGCUCUCUGCCUCAGGUCUCCCAGCUAAUUGUGGAUCCAGUUCACCAGCACGCCUCAAAUGCCUUGUGCCUAAAUGUUUAAACGUCCAUGUUAACCCUUGCUUUGAAUAGCGGUGAUAUUGGAGAUAAAGAACCAAAAUAAACUCUUCAACAAUCAAAGAACUACAAAUGCUGGAAAUCUGACAUAGAAAAAGGUUGCUGGAAACACUCAGCGGGUCAGCUGGAGAGAGAAAUGUUAACAUAGAACGGUACAGCACAGGAAGAAAUCCCUUCAGCCCACCAUGUCUGUGCAGAACACGAUGCCAAUCGCAACUGAUCCCAUCUGCCUGCAUGAGGGGGUGAUCUAAUAGAGGUGUAUAAAAUCAAGAGGGGAAUAGAUCGGGUAGAGUCUCUUGCCCAGAGUUGGGGCAUUGAGGACAUAGGUUGAAGGUGAAGGGGAGAAGAUUUAAUGGGAACUUGAGGCGUAACUUUUUCACGCAGAGGGUGGUGGGUGUAUGGAUCGAGCUGCCAGAGGAGGUAGUUGAGGCUGGGAUAAGAAACAGUUAGACAAUUACAAGGAUAGGACAGGUGUGGAGGGAUAUGGGCGAAACGCGUUGGGACUAGUGUAGGUGGGACAUGUUGGUCGCUGUGGACAAGUUGGGCCGAAGGAACUGUUUCCACGCUGUAUCACUCUAUGACUCAGUGAUCCAUUUCCCACCAUUCCCUGUGCUCAUGUGCCUAUCUAACAGUAUCUUAAAAGCCACUCUCGUAGCUGCCUCCACCACCACCACCACCCCUGGCAGCACGUUCCAGGCACCCACCACCCUCUGUGUAAAAAUAAAGUUGCCUUAUUCACCUCCUUUAAUCUUUGCCCCUCUCACCUGAGAGUUAUGCCCUCUAGCCUUGAACAUUUGCAUCCAGGGACAAAGGUUGUGACUAUCCACUCUAUCUGUGCCUCAAAUAAUUUUAUGUGCAUCUACCAGGUAGCCCAUCCUGCUUUCUCCAUUCCCAUUCAAGUAAUUUAUACAACAAUGGAUUUAGCUGGAUCCAUGCGGUAUGCCACAGUAGUGGUGUAGGAAGGAACUGCAGAUGCUGGUUUAAACUGAAGACAGACACAAAAUGUUGGAGUAACUCAAACGAGUCAGGGAGCAUCUCUGCAGAAAAGGGACAGGUGACGUUUCGGGUCGAGACCCUGCUUCUGAGGGUUACGAAGUUAAAGAAAUCAAUACUCAUACCGCUGGGUUGUAAGCUGACGUCCUUCCCCCACCCAAGUCAUUGUGCCAGCUUCAAGUCAUCUUGUUGAGCCUCAUUGUCUGUAACUUGUUUUCACCUCGCCCAACAGCUAAUAAUGGCCCUUCUCCUUUAUCAUCGUUACUUUUUGGCAUAUCUUUCAUUCAUUUGUUCUAUACAUCACUGUCUAUAUCUAUCGUUUCCCUUUCCCCUGACUCUCAAGAAGAAGUCUGAAGAAGGGUUUAAGAAAGAACUGCAGAUGCUGCUAAAAUCGAAGGUAGACACGAAAUGCUGGAGAAACUCAGGGGGUGAGGCAGCAUCUAUGGAGAGAAGGAAUUGGCGACGUUUCGGGUCGAAAAAGGGUCUCGAGUUGAAAUGCCACCUAUUCCUUUGCUUCAGAGAUGCUGCCUGACCCGCUGGGUUACUCCAACUCUUUGUGUCUAACUACAGCAGUGGUGAUAGACUACCGUCCAAGCAGCACCCACCCCCACUGCCCUAUUCCUCCAAUCACCCAGUCACUAACACGCCUCAGAUGCCUUGUGCCUUAACCUGGAGCAGCCUUUGUCAAAAGCCUUACUAACGUGCACGCGGACACCUAGUGCCAGCCAUUCAUCAGUCUCCUGGGUUACCUCCUGACCACCCUCACAGGGGCUCUCCCUCGGUAUUAGCUGCUGCAACCUCUUCAUUAUGGCAUCACGCACAAUGCAGGUUGAAACUUUCAGGUCCGAUAUUCUGUGGUGUGGCACCUCGCCUGGUCAUGCACGUAGCUCGGAAAUACAGUAAUUAUUGAUAGCUACCAUCUAACGUUAAGGUCUGUACUUCCCAGUGGAUAUUUAACCUACUAAUGCAACCUUUGCAAUCUCAGCCAGUGAUUUUUCCGACUGAAGGAAACUUGGGCUUAAGACUGAAGAAGGGUCUUGACCCGAAACGUCACCCAUUCAUUCUCUCCAGAGAUGCUGCCUGACCCAUUGAGUUACUCCAGCAUUUGGUGUGUAUCUUUGGCUUACAUGAACUGGUGAGUGUCUCUACUUAAAAAGAGCAGUUGUCCUACUCCUCAGAAUACAAUCGGUAAAUCUCCAUGACCUGAUACCAGUCAUAAGUGAUAGGAGCAGAAUUAGGCCACUCGGCCCAUCAAGUCAACUCCACCAUUCAAUCAUAGCUGAUCUAUCUCUCCCUCCUAACCCCAUUCUCCUGCCUUCUCCCCAUAACCCCUGACACCCACACUAAUCAAGAAUCUACCUAUCUCUGCCUUAAAUACAUCCAUUAACUUGGCCUCUACAGCCUUCUGUGGCAAUUAAUUCCACAGAUUCACCACCCUCUGACUAAAGAAAUGGCUCCUCAUCUCUUUCGUAACAGAACGUCCUUUCAUUCUGGAGUUAUGCCCUCUGGUCCUAGACUCUCCCACCAGUGGAACCAUCCUCUCCACCUCCAUACUAUCCAAGCCUGUCAUCUAAUUUGCCAAAUAACUUGGUUCAUUUCUUAUAAUAAAGUUGUUAUGAAUGUUGACACAAGAAACUGCAGAUGCUGGAAUCUUGAGCAAAGGACAAAGUGCUGGAGUAACUGAGCAGGUUAGACAGCAUCUGUGGAGGGAAUGGACAGGCGAUGUUUCAAGUCAGGACCCUUUACACCAAUUCUUGUGAAAUGGCUGAGUUACGUUUUUUACAUACAUUUUGCAUAGCCUCUGACAAACUUGUUCUGAAUAGGUCUUUAAUCAAAAUCCUCGGGCAAAAUACAGUGGAUUCUAGAAAUUUGAAAUAAAAACAGAAAUACAGAAAUCCAAAUACAGAUUUCGAUCAAGGGGAACUUUUUAGUGUGGAGAUACAGCACGGAAACAGACCCUUCGGUCCAUCGAGUCCGCACCGACCAGCGAUCCUCGUACACUAACACUAUCCUACAUAAACUAUGAACAAUUUACAUUUACACCAAGCCAAUAAACCUACAAACGUGUACGUCUUUGGAGUGUGGGAGGAAGCCAACGUUUUUGGAGAAAACCCAUGCAGGUCACGUGCAGAACGUACAAACCCUGUACAGACAGCACCCGUAGCCUGGAUCAAACCCGGGUCUCUGGCGCUGUAACGCCGUAAGCCCGCAACUCUACCGCCUUGCCUCCCUGUGGAGAAAGAAGUGAUCAGUGUUUCAGGUCAAUGACUAAUACAGUCACAGAGGCCUCUCGUCCCAACUCAUCCAUCCAACCAAGAUGCCUACCUUAGCUAGUGCCAUUUGGCUCAUAUCCGCUUCAACCUCUCCUCCCCAUGUACCUCUCCAAAUGUAUCUGCCUCUGCCAUUUUGUGUGGUAGCUCAUUCCAUGUACUCGCCACCCUCUGUGUGAAUAAUCUGCCCCUCAGGACCCAUUUAAAUCUUACCCCUCUCACCUUAAACUCGUGCACCCUGGCCACCCCCUCUCCCCUCCUCUCCCAUCGAGCAAGAGGUAUAGAAGUGUGAAAACGCACACCUCCAGAUUCAGAGACAGUUUCUUCCCAGCUGUUAUCAGGCAACUGAACCAUCCUACCAACAACAAGAGAGCAGCCCUGAACUACUAUCUACCUCAUUGGAGACCCUCGGACUAUCUUUGAUCGGACUCUACUGGCUUUAUCUUGCACUAACCUUUAUUCCUUUAUCAUGUUUCAGUACACUGUGAAUGGCUCGAUUGUAAUCUUGUAAAGUCUUUCUGCUGACUGGUUAGCACGCAACAAAGGCUUUUUCACUGUGCCUCGGUACACGUGACAAUAAACUCAACGUUUUCCCUCUUUCCCCUGACUCUCAGCCUGAAGAAGGCUCUCGACCCGAAACGUCACCCAUCCCUUCUCUCUAGAGAUGCUGCCUGUCCCGCUGAGUUACGCCAGCAUAUUAUGGCUAUCUCAAACAAACCAUUGUUGCUACCGACCACCCUAAUGAGGUGGUACCAUCUCCCUAACUUGUGAGAGAUGUUACUCCCUCACAAGGUGCGCACCCCUUUGUCGUGGCUUGACCGCUGAGACCCUUGCCUCACCUAAGCCCCCGUCAGCUCCUCCUCGGUGCUGGUGAAGCAGUCAAUGCCUUUGUUGGGAGCUGCGGCCAAACAGUUUUGAAAGUGGACAGAUAAACGACAGCCUAGAUCAUACUGGUUCAUGCUCUCAGCGGGAAGCGUUGAAAGUGUUUGUUUCCUCUCAGUCCUAAGUUUGUUCGUAAGAAAUAAAAGCUGCAUAAAGUAUAAAGAAUCGACAUCAUGUGAAGUAUAUUGUGGGUUAGAUAUUUUUAAUCCAGAGAAAAAUGCAUGUUCUAUUUUUCAGAAGUGCUUUGCCUUUUUGUGUAUGUACAGCUUCUGGUUUUGUAAACUGAUUGCAUUAUUCUGAUUUAUUGUAACUAAUUGAUUAAAAACUAGAGCCAUCUUCAAAAA